CCUCCAGUCCUUUCACCUAGCUCCAUAUAACCCCAUCAAGCUCUCCAUCCCAGAGAAGAAUCUCUCUCUAUCUCUCUCUCUCCAUCAAAGUUCUCAACUUUGGAGCUCUCCCACCCAAACAGAAUACUCUACCUCACGCACAACAGUUAUCUGCGAGAAAAUUUUUCUCUGACGAACUAAAUGUGCUACCUCUUUGUCUUCUUCCGUUGCUGAGUGAUGCGUUUGAGCUCUCCCCACUCUCAAACUUCCCACAUUACAGUGAUCCUCACCACCCGCUUCUUCUGUCAGAGGCUUUAGAGAUUUAAUCUCUGUACAAAAAGUCUAUGACCGUUGCUUUUGGCUUUCUACAAUACUACCGUUUAAGUUCCUCUGGGACUUCAAAUACACAACUGAAAAAAAAACGAAAAGCUAUGGCGGGUGGUAAAGUCUAUGGGGGUGCUUCAAACAUGAGCGUCUUACUUCAAAGCGAAAGGCUUCCUUGUUCUUCUGAGGUCCUUGAGCCUCUCUGGAUUACCAGCUCUGAUCCCUCUUUGCACGCUUCAAAAUCCAUGGUUAAUUUUGACAAGGCUAGUGGAGGAGACAACACUGCUAGCCCAUUUUUCCAACAGCUCAGUAACGAUGAAAAUGGUGAUGAGGAGGAUUGUGAUGGGUGCUAUCAUCGACCCGGAAAGAAAAGGCGGCUUACAGCCAAUCAAGUUCAGCUUCUUGAGAGAAGUUUUGAGGUGGAAAACAAGCUUGAGCCAGAGAGGAAGAUCCAACUAGCAAAGGAACUUGGUUUGCAGCCUCGGCAAGUUGCCAUAUGGUUUCAAAACCGGCGGGCUCGUUUUAAAACCAAACAACUGGAAAAGGAUUAUGACUCAUUGAAAGCUAGUUAUGAUAGGCUCAGGGUUGACUAUGACAAUCUCAUCAAGGAGAAGGAAGGCUUGGAAAAUGAGGUUAAUUCCCUGAGGGACAAAUUGCUUAGUAGAGAGAAAGGCAAGGAAAAUGAGGAACCAAUUAAUGCCUGCAAGUCAUCAAAUGCAGAAAUCCGAGAGCCGAUACCAAAUGCAGUUUCUGAGAAGGUUUCCAAUGCGCCAUUAUUGGUGUGUAAACAGGAAGAUGCAAGUUCUGUCAAAAGUGAUGUUUUUGACUCGGAUCGGGAUAGCCCAAAUUACACUGAUGGGAACCAUUCUUCAUUGUUAGAGCCUGCUGACUCUUCUCAUGCCUUUGAGCCAGAGCAGUCAGAUUUCUCACAAGACGAAGAAGAUAAUCACUGCAAGAUCCUCCUGCCCCUGCCCCAAGCAUGCUUUCUAAAAGUUGAAGAUGGUGGAUGUAACGAUCUCCCGCUUGCAAAUUAUUGUAAUUUUGGUUUCCCUGUGGAAGAUCAGUCCUUUUGUUUCUGGAACUACUGAGUUAUAUCAUGUCACUUAAGCUUCUAAAUUUCUAUGAUGCGCACUUAGUUGUAAUUAUGUUUAGCAAGCAAUAAAUCCUAUUACCUUGCCCUUA